AUGUCGGAAAUCGGAAAGUGGAUGUACGUUGUGAAUUUCUAAAUCUGCCAAUUUACUUGCAAUAAAUACAUCAAAAUAGCUAAACGUGUGUGCGUUUGUGACUUUCAGUAACUUUUGUUAGUGAGGGUGAUGUACAAAUGGACGAAAUGUGGUAGAAGAGGAUCGAGGUUCUGAGAUAUUUUACUAAAAUAACAGAAUUCGAGUUGUUUUGAAUAAGUUCGUCGGAGCAUCUAACACGAAGUUUCAUUUAACAUUAAACAAAUUGUACAGAACUGGAUGUCUUCCAUAGUCUUCUAUUGAUUGCAUAUUGGGAUUCUUUUUGUAAUAGAAUCGCAAUUCGGUGAACCAAAAAAAUUGUUUAGAAUCGGAUAACGCUAGCCCACAAGAUGGCCGACUGUUAUUCGUAAGAUAAUGUCCGGUGCGUCUAGUUCAGGGAGCGGCACAGGACGUGGCAGAGGUAGCGGCAACUCGAUAGACAACAAACCAGACACAAAAGAGAACAAACCAAAUCCCAAAAUGUCUAAAGCACUGGGCACUUCGGCAAAACGCAUCCAGAAAGAACUUGCGGAGAUCACUCUGGACCCUCCUCCAAAUUGCAGUGCUGGGCCAAAAGGAGAUAACCUCUAUGAAUGGGUAUCAACAAUACUUGGGCCACCUGGUUCGGUGUAUGAGGGAGGGGUAUUCUUCCUGGACAUUCAUUUCUCACCAGAGUACCCUUUCAAACCUCCUAAGGUAACAUUCCGCACUAGAAUAUAUCAUUGUAAUAUAAACAGCCAGGGUGUGAUUUGCCUGGAUAUACUCAAAGACAACUGGUCACCUGCGUUGACUAUCUCAAAGGUCUUACUGUCUAUAUGCUCACUCUUGACUGAUUGCAAUCCAGCUGAUCCACUAGUGGGCAGCAUCGCAACACAGUAUCUCCAAAACAGGGAAGAGCACGAUCGCAUCGCUCGCCUCUGGACCAAGCGUUAUGCAACAUGAUUGCACUAUGUCAAAAAACAGUCAUACUCAAUACCAUUCUGUUUCAAAUCCAUCCUGUUCACGUUAAUGUAAGCUAACAUUUCUAAUCUGGUUAAUAUGUGCACUGUUGCCAACAUUUCUGGUGAGUUAUUUGAAUAAAUUGCAGAAGUUUUUGUGACUUUCUGAUUAAACAACUACAUAUUUGCAAUAACCGAAAAUAAAUUUUAUAAAUUCAAAAGAAUAGGAUUGAUGUUUUGCAAUCCUAAUUUAUCUGACACAUGUUGGACUAAUGAAGCCCUAUACAUUAACCUUGGUUAAUAUUUUAGGAAAAUACUGGAUAAAAUCAUAUGUAAUUAAAGAGAAAAAUUAAUAGAGUACUAGGCCCAUGUAAAAUAUGACCUCAAUUCAAUCUCAAAUGUUGUAGAAAGUGCUUAUUAUUAACUUGGCUUGUCGAUAUUUAGUUGCAAUUAAUGUGAAUUUCCGUUAUGCUUGAAGAACAACUAUUAUAAUUAAGGCGAUGUUUUUUUUUUAAUAAAAAUUCUGUUGAUGUUUUUCGUCGUGUAGAAAACGCGUCGUUAGGUUAUUGUAAUAUUAAACAUUUAUCAAUGUAGGCUAAAAGUGAUUGAGUCAAUUUUUGCCGCAAUAAUAAUUGUUGUGUUGAUCUCAAAACACUUGAUGGAAUGUACUGGUACUGACUAGAAUGUACCAAAAGUGUCCUAGGGGUCUUGACAGACGUGCUACAUUUAUACUGCAAGCUUGAGAUUACAAAGCUAUGCAGUUAUAUCAACUGCAAAAGAAUGGAUCACAAAUAGUCAUUUUGCAGUUUACUUGCUGUUUAAAUGCAGUACAGCUUUAUAGACCAUUUGUUAGGUGUAUCUAUUUCUCUCUAAUUCAAUAAGAAAAGGACACUACUUCAUUUUAAUUUAGACCUUCUAAGUUGAGCUUGAUAUGUCAAAGACAACUGCACAAUUUUAGUGUACUAUGUAUAGCUUGUCAACUAAUUUGACAGUACUAAGUCAUUUGUUCUAUUCUUAUUAGAAUGGAAAGAAAUAUGUUUGCUUGACUUGAUUUUGGUGAAAUUUGAAUUGGUGCCACUAUUUAGGUAUCAUUCAUAACUUGGGAAUUAUAGUAUGGCCAUUGAGAAGAACUGUAGUUUUGACAGUUAGUGUUAGGCUAAGCUUUAAUCGGAUAAUCGGAUAAUCGGAUAUCAAGAUCCUAAUUAGGAUUUUGAACAAGAAAAUAAAAUACAGCAAUGGGUUAACAGUGUGAGUUCUACCGGUAUAUUAUUAAUUAGAUUAUUCUCAAAACCUGAAUCAAAGUUCAAAUACCCUAUAAAUAAAGGUUAAGCUGAUUAUUUGUAAUCUAUUUGAACAAAUGUAAUAGAAUCAAAUAAAAUCUGAAAAUCGCUGAUUAUACUAAAAAGUUCAAAAAGUAAUGUAUAUAGUCAUUAUAGAUAUGUGCUGUCAAAAAAACAGUUCAUUACUUGGUCUUACUGUAAUAGCAUACAUCUAUCAGGAUGUAUUAAUUGCUUAAGUAAUUGGUUUGUAUAGAGAUGUGAUCUUGAUGGUUAGCUUUAAGGUUAUUAUAUAAUUACUCGACUGCCAAUGAAUUAAUUGUCUCCCAAUUUGUUACAACAACACUUGUCUAGCGCUUAUUUUGUAUGCAAGAAAUCAUUAUUAUAGAUAUGAUUGUCAGUACAAAGGGAUUUUUGAUUCUAAAUUUCAACAAUUUAUUUAUUUGAUUCAUAAUUAAACUUUUUUUCGAAUAAUAUUAUAACUAUAUUGCAAAUUAUGUAAAAAAAAAAACAAUGAGUAUAUAUAUAUAAAGAAAUCCAAUUUGAAGUGUUUAUGGGUCAAAUUUAUAUUUAUGGAAACAAAAUUUUAAUUAAAAUCUAAUUCCUUUAUUAACAAAUUCAUGCAAUGUUGUUUGUUACUAUAUCUAUAUGAACUAAAGUAUAGAUUUCCAGCAUUUGAUAAACUUAGAUUCUUAAUAUUCAUUUUAAUUUAUUAUGUGCACUGCAUUUUGUGAUAACUCUUCGUACAAGUACUGUCAAUUUGCAUGUCACAAAUCAUGGUCAAGAGUAUUUUAUCAUCGGAACAUAGAAGAUCAGGGCCUAUGUUUGCAUCAGGUUUCUAUAUAACAGUCAUUAUUAUUGACAAUAUUUUUUUACCAAUACUUCAUUGUUAAAUAUUGUAUAGAAGCAGGCGUUACUUUGCGGAAAUCCAUAUAUAUCCAUUGCUUAAUAUAGCGCACUAGUAAUAUUAUUGAUAAUCAAGUCAAUAAUAUUAAAGUAGCCUUUUAUUUCAAAUUUUUAGUUACAAAGCAUUGCAUGAAUCCCAUAUUGUUUGAUUAACCUUGUAUAUUGCAUAUAUGUAUAAAUGCUGUGAAAUGCAACAAGCUCUUGUACUAGUUUUCACAUAGAUAAAGUUUCUAGUCGUUUAUGGAAUUUAGUGUUCCAAUGUGAAUACGAAACCCAAGCAAGGAAAAUGUAAAUUCAAGACAAUUGUAUUAUUUUGGCAUUCAAUUAAGAACAUACGGAAUCCUCAUUCAGCCAUUGAAAACGCCCCGCGCACGUAUCACUUAACACCUGUGGAAUGUUGCUGGCUCGCAAUCUUUUUUACCAUUUUAUAGUGAACGCUUAACGCUUAGAACAUUAGGGGUAAAAUAGUUACUUUCAACUGCAAAAUGGUAUGAAGUGACAUAGUUUGCUCGAUAAACCAUUCUAAAGUGGAGUGGUUUUUGAAAUUAAGACUUCAAUAUUAGUCACAUACAUGGUUUCUGUAUGUUCUUAAUUCUUUGUACUUUGGUUGUGCACAAAUUCUUGGCUUCUUGAUUGUGCACAAAUUCUUGGCUUCAUAACUCUGUCCUAAACAGAGACGCCCGUGGAUCUGUAUACAAUCAUAUUGGUACUUUUAACAGUUUAAUUUUUUAAUCUACUAUUAAUACAAGACUUUUUAUUUUAAUGAACGGUCGAAUUUGUGAUUUAGUUAAAUGUUUUUUGUAUGUAUCUAUUCGGUCCAUAUUUAGAUAGUGUAAUUAAUUAUUGAAAUUUUCCAAAAAAGACUACUGUGGAAUUAAAUUGUUUUUGUAUGUUAGGAGUGCAAUUGCUAUGCAAUGGUGCUAAAUUCGUUGAUACAAAAAUCUUAAACUAAAUGAAGACAAAUCUCAACUUGUAUCAAAAUGCUUUAUGAACAGAAUGAAAAGUAAAUAUUUUUGAUUUGUGUUUCAUAAAGAUUGUUCAAAGCUUUCGUGUAAUAGUGAUCUAAAAUAACUCGAACGAAAGCAAUGUUCUAGCAAAUUAAGGAAUAUCCAGAGCCUUUGAAUACCUCUAGUUUACAUAAAUUGCAUCCUUGAUAAAGAUUGCUCUCACAUGAGGUAUAUAUUUUUUAUGUUCAUCAUUAUUUAAAACUGGGGCAAACGUCAAUAUAAAUGUUGACCUCCAUGGCCGAACAAAAUAGCAAUACUAUUAGAUCUGUCAAAUUUAGUUUACGAAUUGUAUACAACCGAAGUAGCACCCAUAUUAGGCUUGAUUUAUCAACAGUGGCAAUGUCGUUAUGUUGUCUGUCUUCGCCAAGUAUAGUAUUUUAUAUUAUAAAUCUUAUUUAUUUUUAUAGUGAAGAGCUUGUGAACCAAUUUCAAGUGUUGAUGACCUUUGAUUGCAGUGAUAUUGAUUUACUAUCGAGUGUGUUGACAAUAUUUAUCAAAUGGAAAUAGCAAUGAUGUGGAUAAUUGGCCGGGCACACUUUGUAUAAGGCCCAAUGCGCCGCGCUACGCAUGUUGAGUCAAAUCGUCGUGAUUUAUUAUUGCGUUCUGCCUAGAUUACAAAAAUAAAAGUUGAAUGAAUCGUCGGGUCGCGCGUCGCGUCGCCGUGUAUACUUAGUAUGUUUCUACUCAUAUUUUCCACGGUAUGACUUAUCAUGUACAGCGUUGCGUUGUUAGGGAUGUUUUAAACAGGCCCUGCAUGAUGAAAUUUUUACGAAAUUGACAUAUCAAAGUGCAUCGGUUCAUAGUGAUUGUAAUUCUGAUGGUGAAACGGUAAGGCAGGGUGGUGAGUACUACUAGAACUUACUAGGUGUUUCAAACCUCACUGGGCACUACUUGCAGCCGCUCUGUCUCACCAAUCUUUCUAAAAUAUUCCGUUUAGGGUGUAAACAGUUAUUAGACGUAAGUUAUUUUAUUGUUUAGGUACUGUAUAAUGUAUGUCUUAACCCUAGUUAUUAAAGUAUAAAAAAACUUAGCUGUGUAAUAUUAGCGUGGUGAUUGUAUGUCGCUCGUAUGUGGAUUUGUUGGUGAUACCGAUGUGUAAAAAGUUAAUUACGUAUACAACUCUGGUGCUGAAGAUUCAAAUUCUUGCGACAUACAAAUGAGGUCACCAUGAGAGCCAGAGCGGAUUAAUUGUUUGUAUUUUAUUAAUUGGAGUAAUUGUUGUUGAAAAACUUGCGGUUGAAUGCGCUUAAUACGGUUUUCUCAAAUUCCAUGAGAAUUGGAUGAUUUCCUGGGACUUACAGUCUAUUAUAAGUGGACGCAGAGUAACAUUGGUUAUGUUACUUUGCGUCCAUUCAAAAAACUAUGCAAAAAAUAAUGCUGAAAUGUGUUGAUUAAAGUCAUAUAGCUAUGGAUUAUUUAAUAAACUUUAAUAUUUUAUGUGGCUGUGUUGGUCGCUAAGAAUGUUCUGCUAAAGAUCACAAAGUCCUGGGUUAUAAUCACGGAGCUCAUAAACACUCAUUGUUCCAGUGUUAACGAUUAAUCUUUUUUCUCCUAUAAGAGAAAAGUCCCGUGCUCCAUUAGGAGACUAAUAGACUGAUAAUGUGAAAGGUAACUAGUGUUGUGUUUGUAAAUGCUGCCAUUUGUAAAGAAAACAAAUUAGUUUUAGAUCAGUAUGCGCUAUGACAUCAUUUGCAACAAUAUUAGUUAGAUAAAACAAAUUGACAUCUUAAACCACUUUGGCUCUCAUGGUCUCGAAUGAAAGAGAAAUGAAUACCGCAUCUGUAUUCGUGACUGGGAUAUAUUUUGUCGAUGUGAUUUUUUAAAUUAACUUAUACUGUGACUCUAAAUGUGUUGCUUGCAAGACAACAGCUGUACUGUACUCAACGCGACUGAUGUUCCUCAAAACUCGAUGUUCAUAACUGAACCCUUGUAAUCAUCCUUUGUUAAAAUUUAUAUCAUGGUAUAAAAUAGGAAAAUAAAAAUGUGUGUAUCUAGAACACUAA